AUGCGUCACCUUCUGGAUUUCAUGAGUUAUGCCCACUUCCAGGUGCAAACAGAUGAUUCGCUCACCGCUAUGCAAAUGUCGUGGGAGAAGAUGCACAAGGAUUUGCCCGUCUUUCAAGAGCUCGGACCUGAGCGCAACGAUUUCAACAUUCCCAAGCUGCACAACAUUCGGCAUUACGUGGACUCGAUUCGCCUUCUUGGCUCUGCCGACGGCUACAAUACGGAGAAUACUGAGCGGCUACACAUUGAUCUAGCUAAGAAUGGCUAUCGCGCAUCGAACCGCCGGGAUUACAUUCAGCAAAUGACGCGGCUGGCUCACCCGCCAAGAAGCAGUCCACCGUUUCUCGCUAUAUCUCCAGUGGGCUUGCCCCGGAUAUGCACCCGGGCAGGGCUACAAGCCCCCUUCUAA